AUGGCGAUGGCGAUGUCGGACAGUGGGGCGAGCCGUCUGCGGCGGCAGCUGGAAUCGGGGGGUUUUGAGGCCCGGCUGUACGUGAAGCAGCUCUCGCAGCAGUCGGACGGGGACCGGGACCUGCAGGAGCACCGGCAGCGCAUCCAGGCGCUGGCGGAGGAGACGGCGCAGAACCUGAAGCGCAACGUCUACCAGAACUACCGGCAGUUCAUAGAGACUGCCCGCGAGAUCUCCUACCUGGAGAGCGAGAUGUAUCAGCUCAGCCAUCUGCUGACGGAGCAGAAGAGCAGCCUGGAGAGCAUCCCGCUUACCCUGCUCCCGGCUGCCGCCGCCGCCGCCGGAGCCGCCGCGGCCUCUGGAGGAGAGGAAGGAGGAGGUGGCGCGGGGGGCCGAGACCACCUGCGGGGCCAGGCUGGCUUUUUUCCCACACCCGGGGGCGCCUCCCGCGACGGUGCGGGUCCGGGCGAGGAAGGGAAGCAGCGCACUCUUACCACUCUGCUUGAGAAGGUGGAAGGUUGCAGGCACCUGCUGGAGACGCCGGGGCAGUACCUGGUGUACAACGGGGAUUUGGUGGAAUACGAGGCGGACCACAUGGCCCAACUGCAGCGGGUGCACGGCUUUCUCAUGAACGACUGUUUGCUGGUGGCCACCUGGCUGCCUCAGAGGCGUGGGAUGUAUCGCUACAACGCCCUCUAUCCCCUGGAUGGUUUGGCCGUGGUCAAUGUCAAGGACAACCCGCCCAUGAAAGACAUGUUCAAGCUGCUAAUGUUUCCCGAGAGCCGUAUUUUUCAGGCGGAAAAUGCUAAAAUCAAACGAGAGUGGCUGGAAGUGCUGGAGGAAACCAAGAGGGCCCUCAGUGAAAAAAGACGCAGGGAACAGGAGGAGGCAGCGGCCCCACGAGGACCACCGCAGGUGCCUUCCAAGGCCAGUAACCCAUUUGAGGACGAAGAAGACGACGAACCAGCUGUUCCUGAGGUAGAAGAAGAGAAGGUGGACCUCUCAAUGGAGUGGAUCCAGGAGUUGCCUGAAGACCUGGAUGUCUGUAUCGCCCAGAGAGACUUUGAAGGGGCCGUUGACCUGCUGGACAAAUUGAACCAUUACCUGGAAGAUAAGCCCAGCCCACCGCCUGUUAAAGAACUAAGGGCCAAAGUGGAUGAGCGCGUCCGACAGCUCACGGAAGUGCUAGUUUUUGAACUCUCCCCAGAUCGUUCCCUGAGAGGUGGUCCCAAGGCUACUCGAAGGGCAGUUUCUCAACUAAUCCGGCUUGGCCAGUGCACAAAGGCUUGUGAGCUGUUUUUGAGAAACAGGGCAGCAGCUGUGCAUACCGCAAUCCGCCAGCUUCGCAUCGAGGGUGCCACUUUACUCUACAUCCAUAAGCUAUGCCACGUCUUCUUUACGAGCCUCCUUGAGACUGCAAGGGAAUUCGAGACGGAUUUUGCAGGCACUGACAGUGGCUGCUACUCUGCCUUUGUGGUCUGGGCGAGAUCAGCCAUGGGCAUGUUCGUGGAUGCUUUUAGCAAGCAGGUGUUUGACAGUAAGGAGAGCCUCUCUACAGCGGCUGAGUGUGUCAAAGUGGCCAAGGAGCACUGUCAGCAACUGGGUGACAUCGGACUGGACCUCACCUUCAUCAUCCAUGCCCUUCUGGUGAAAGACAUCCAAGGGGCCUUGCACAGUUACAAAGAAAUUAUCAUCGAAGCCACUAAACAUCGCAACUCUGAGGAGAUGUGGAGGAGGAUGAACUUGAUGACUCCAGAGGCCCUGGGCAAGCUCAAAGAGGAGAUGAAGAGUUGUGGGGUGAGGAACUUUGAGCAGUACACCGGGGAUGACUGCUGGGUGAACCUGAGCUACACGGUGGUUGCUUUUACCAAACAGACCAUGGGCUUCUUGGAAGAGGCACUGAAGCUGUAUUUCCCCGAGCUGCACAUGGUACUUUUGGAGAGCCUGGUGGAGAUCAUUUUGGUCGCUGUGCAGCAUGUGGAUUAUAGCCUUCGGUGUGAGCAGGAUCCAGAGAAAAAGGCCUUUAUCAGACAGAAUGCAUCCUUUCUAUAUGAGACCGUCCUCCCCGUGGUGGAGAAAAGGUUUGAGGAAGGUGUGGGGAAACCUGCCAAGCAACUCCAGGACCUGAGGAACGCAUCUAGACUCAUUCGUGUGAACCCCGAAAGUACAACAUCAGUGGUCUGA